GACCACAAUUAGUUUGGAAUUAAGCAAAAAAAAAUGGAUCAUAUUUAUCGUCAAUGGCUAAAGAGGUUUUCAUUCAAGAAUGCAACAAUAGCUCUGACUAUCGUCAACGUGCUCAUCUUCCUCUUCCUCCUUCGCGGCCUUUUCACUUCAUCAUCCUCUUCUUCUUCUUCCUCUCGCCGAAUCAUUUCAGCUCAGCUUCGGUAUAUCAAGGAAGCACGAGAGAUCAGGCUUGCCAUGCAACCUUUGGAGCUCAUCAAAAGAGUCAAAGAAAUACAACAGGAGGCAUCUGCAGGACAUGAAACAGAUGUAAAGCAGAACACAGAAGCCGUUGAUCUGUCUAAACGGCUUAAAGCUUUCCUCCCCACAAACGAGGAAUCAAGCUUGAAAGCAUUGGAAGAAUGGCGAAAGCGGAAAAUGGAACGAGCAAGACAACGGGACCUUGAGAAAACCGGUGGUGUUUCAUCAUCCAAAACAUCAUAAAGACACUACUAACUCUCAACUAUCAGAUUUUUAACAUUAUUUCCAAAAAGAAAGAAGAAGAUAUCAGAUUAUCAUGGGGUAAACUAUGUAAACAUUACAAAGUCUCAGAAAAUAUUCAUAUUACUAUCAUAUACAUACAUGUUUGAAAGGUAAAGAAAUACAAAGGAAAGGAUCUCAAAUGUUGUAAUGUUUCCUACAUUGAACUUCACCAACCUUGUUAUACAACAAACAAUAUUCAGUACUAUUUAAUAUUUUUCAACACACUUGUAUCAAACAUACUCUUAUGAAAGUAAUUAAUAACCUUUAUACAUCUCGCGAUUACAAGCUAAUUACAGUAUUUAAUUUUCUGAAAGUAUUAAAUUAUUUAAUUGUUGUGAAACGGCCCUUUUCAUUAAUAUAGCCCAUUAGGACAACGAGUGGCCCAUUAACGACAUAAUCUGCCACGCAAACAACGUUGUUUCUUUUCCAAAACCCCGAACCGGUAAACCGGUGAUCUAAUAUCUAACCCAAUUUAGAUUUUAAGAAAAAUUAUAAUUCAAAAAUCUGAUAAAAUCCGAAAAAAUCAUUACAAUCCAAAACUCGGCUACCGGUUGAACCAGUGGUUGACCCAAUAAAUAAUUUUUUUUAAAAAUAAUUUAUUAAAAUAUAUUUGGUAUUCUAAAUAAGAAGUUAAACUUUUAGUUUUUUACUAUCUUCUUCCUCUGUUGCCGACUCCAUAUGUCGUCUGAUCAGUUUUUUACUCUGUAUGUCUUUCGACUUUUUAUGUUUUUUUUUUGU